GUGUGGGAAAGCCGCGAGCUACAUGUACAGCGUACGCUACGGUAGCUGGAUGCUGCUGGAGGCAACAAUAUCACUACCGGCGCACCACCUCAUUCAUUCCUGGAUGCGUCGAGACUAUCCCGACAGCAGCUGUUGUGUAGUUGCAUUCUCUGUCGUCUACCGUGGUGGCAUCCGUAAUACGCCGCGGUAGUCGACGUCCUGUAUCGCCGCAUUGUUUUGGGUGUUAUCCAAGUUUUUUAGUGCUAUCAUCUUCUUCAAAUAUUUUAUCAACACGAUGAGCGAGUACAAUAUGGGAACCGGCAAGCGGAAACGAGACGAGUUGAAUGCGGCCCAGUUUCCUCCCUCUUAUGGCAGUGCAUCAACGAGUGAUGCUUCAGAAGAAGGAGACAAAUGGAGCGAAGAAUUGCAUCGCUCUUUUGUUGCGGCAAUCUUUGACGCUGGAGUUUCCCAAUCCUCUCCUUCAGUGAUAUUGGAAAACAUGGCCUGUCGACCCGAUUCUCUCACCAGUGAACGAGUCAAGAGUCACCUUCAGAAAUAUCGAAAGAACAAAGAAAAAAGCAGAGAAGAUUUCCUCAAAGACUACGAUGAUUUUGUGCGAAAGGCCAUGACAGUGGGAGGAACAGGAGCCACCACCACAAACCACAUUAUCAUGCCGCCAUCCGCCAUGAUUUCAACAAUUAUGGGAGAAGGUCGGAUUUCUGGGGGAGACAUAGCAGCUUUCCUCACAUAUUCUGUCAUGACUGAAGGCCAAGCCAAAGCUGCCCCGACUGCAGGAGGAGGAGGUAGCAAACCAAUUUCCUCCGUGGAAUUUUCUAAAGAAUCACAGGACUAUCUCAAGAUCUUUGCUGGAACUCAUGUCCCUUUCCCAAAGCUCACAGAAGAAGAAAAACGAUCUCCUCUAGGAAUAUCCAUGGUCUAUGUAAUGGGAUUGUUCUCCUCCUUGUCACAGUAUAUGGUCCAAGAACGAAGAAAACGUUCUACAAGGCCUUUCGCAGUCGAAAACCCAGACGAUGCUCCUGCCAAUGCUCCCCCUGCUGUAAAUCACUCUACUUAUCCAACAGAAUCAGCCAAUGUUCCACAACAUCAACAACAACAACCCAAAAGACAACGGAAUGAAUCUUCCAACCCCAAUCCAGCAGCAUGGCUUGUCCCCGCAGCGGCGGCACCACCACCAGCAGCAAAGCAACAAACUGCCCCUUUGACGACAACUGCACAGCAUGUUGGUCAGCGUGGUACCCCCGUUGUCGCCGCCAACUCUGGAAACACGCCACACAAGGCCCCUGCUCCUAUUGGCUUCUUCUUCCCCGUUCUUGAUCCAGAAAGCACAAGACCAAAUCCAAGCUUGCAGACCCCUGCUCCGGUCGGUAUGCCACAAUCAGCACCUGUGCCUGUCGUCGAAGCACGGGCCAGUGGUCAGUAUCCGCCGCCAGGUGAUGGUACUCCUGCUGCCUCCUCCUCUGGUCCGAACUCAUCGUAUGCCCAAGUUUAAAAAGUGAAAACCGCUGUACAGUUGUGCUUCGAAAUGAGCCAUAGCAAUAACCUCGCACAAGCAAGGGCUUACUCGUACGCUGACAGAACUGCAGAACUGGGCAAUUAGACCAAGCCGCAACAACGAAUAGAAAUAUUGUGCAAUAGACACUAAUAAUGAGGUAACCGUUUUAAAAUUAAAUGUUGUCAAGCU